AUGACUGCAAACGCCGUCUACGAGGACACCAAGGCGGAUCUCCACCAAGUGGAGAACACCGAGACCACCAAGCUUGAGAUGGAGCGCGAGGCCAUGGAGGCUGAGGCCAAGGAGCACAGCAUGGGCAUGCUCGAGGCCGUCCGCACCUACCCCAUGGCCUGCUUCUGGGCAUUCGUCAUGUCCUUCACCAUUGUCAUGGAGUCGUUUGACAUGUUCCUUAUCGGUAACUUUGUGGCUUUGCCUUCCUUCAAGGAGGAGUUCGGCGUCUACCUGGAGGCUAGCAACGAAUGGGUCAUCCCCACCAAGUGGCAGUCGGCCCUCACCAUGGCCGGCCAGAUCGGUGCGCUCCUCGGUAUCUUCAUCUGUGGUCCCAUCUCCAACCGCUGGGGUUACCGCAUCUCCACCAUGGUCGGCCUCGUCCUCAUGAACGCCACCAUCUUCAUCAGCUUCUUCGGCAAGUCUCUCGCCGUCCUUGUCGUCGGCCAGCUUCUUGAGGGUGUCCCAUGGGGUUUCUUCAUCGCCAACAGCCCCGCCUAUGCCUCCGAGGUUGCCCCCCUGGCCCUUCGCUCGGUCUGUACCGCCUACCUGCAGAUGUGCUGGGCCAUUGGCUCGAUCAUUGUUGGUGCCUCCACCUACGCCCUCAACCAGCGCACCGACGAGUGGGCUUACAGGAUCCCCUUCGCCCUCCAGUGGCUUUUCCCCACUCCCCUGCUCAUCCUCCUCAUCUUCAUGCCCGAGUCGCCCUGGUGGCUCGUCCGCAAGGGCCGCCUCGACCAGGCCCGCCGUUCGAUUGAGCGUCUUGGCCGCAAGUCGGCGCAGAACACCGACGACACCCUUGCCAUGAUGGUCCGCACUGUCGAGAUUGAGACCCAGACCACCGCCGAGCCUACCUACCUCGACCUCUUCCGCGGCAUCGACAAGCGCCGUACUGCCAUCAUCUGUCUCGUCUACGCUGGCCAGAACCUUGCCGGUAACCUCAUUGCCAACCAGGCCGUCUUCUUCUUCGAGCAGGCUGGCAUGUCCACCGAUUUCUCGUUCCAGCUCGGUCUCAUCACCUCGUGCCUGCAGAUGUUCGCCGUCGGCUGCUCGUGGCUCCUCUCGUCCUGGUUCGGCCGUCGUACCAUCUACCUCUACGGUACCUUUGUCAACACCGUCUUCCUCUUCGCUCUCGGUAUCAUUGCCACUGCCUCGAGCUCGUCCAAGGCCCAGUUCGCUCAGGCUUGUCUUGGUGUGAUCAUCUCGUUCACCUUUGCCCUCACCCUUGGCCCCAUCUCGUACACCAUCAUUGCCGAGACUUCGUCCGUCCACCUCCGUGCCCUCUCGACCGGUGUCGGCCGCGCGGCCUACUACAUUGUCGAGAUUCCCUGCAUCUACCUCGCCUCGCAGAUGCUCAACCCCACCGGCUGGAACCUUGCCGGCAAGUGCGGCUACGUCUGGGGCGGCACUGCCACCCUCUGCCUCGCCCUCGCCUACUUUGGUCUCCCCGAGAUGCGCAACAGGAGCUACCGCGAGCUCGACGUCCUCUUCCACCGCAAGGUGUCGGCCAGGAAGUUCGCUUCGACUGUCGUCGACCCCCAGGACAUGGACUAG